AUGAACAGCUUGAAAAAUAUGUUUAGACCUACGAAACCAAUUUCUAAAAAUGUUUCAUUUAAACCAGACGAACUCAUAUCCAACAGUCAAAAGUUGAUGUUGGAACUUGGUAUUAUCAGACAAAGUGCCAACGGAUUAUACCACUUACUGCCUCUUGCUCAGCGAUCUUUAGAUAAAUUGAUUUUCAUUAUAAAUAAAAAUAUGAUGGAUAUUGGUGCUCAGAAGAUUUCUAUGCCCUUAUUGAUACACAGUAACUUGUGGAAAAAAACAGGUCGGUUAAACAAAAAUAUUGAAGAUUUAUACUUAGUGAAUGACCGAAAAAGCAAAGAGUUCCUACUAAGUCCGACUCAUGAAGAGGUCGUUACUGAUUUAUUUAGUUCAGAUCCUAAGACGUACAAGCAGUUACCUUUAAUGUUGUAUCAAGUUGGCACAAAAUUCAGAGAUGAGAUUAGACCUAAGUUGGGCAUCAUCAGAUCCAAAGAGUUUCUUAUGAAAGAUUUAUAUUCAUUUGAUAGAGAUCAAACAAGUGCUACAUUUACGUACAACAAAGUUUGCCAAGCCUACGAAAAGAUAUUUAAGCAUAUUGGUGUUAAAUUCAUAAGAGUUGAAGGUGCUUCAGGAAUGAUGGGCGGAAAUCAAUCCCAUGAAUUUCAUUAUCCGGCCGAAGUUGGAGACGAUACAUUAUUACAGUGUAAGAAAUGUGGUUUUGGAAUGAACAAAGAAAUGUCACCAGAGUCUGUCCAGUGUCCUAAAUGCUUUAGUACUGAUAUUGAAUUUACAAAGGCUAUCGAAGUAGGCCACACUUUUCACCUAGGUACAUUUUAUUCAAGCGCCUUGUCUGCCACAUAUUCGGACACAGACGGCACCAUGAAACCUCCAUAUAUGUGUAGCUAUGGUUUGGGUGUUUCCCGAAUAAUCGGUGCAUCUGUGGAAUGUUUGAGCUCACAAGAUGUAAUUCAAUGGCCAAGGUCAAUAUCUCCAUUUACCAUUUGUAUAAUACCAGCCAAAGAAGGCAGUAUCGAGGAAAACGCAUCUCUGAAUAACAUAAACUCCCUCUACAAUCAUUUUACUGAAAUAUUUGGAGAUGAUAUUAUUGUUGACGAUCGAACCCAUAUGACUAUUGGCAAGCGAUUAAUUGAAGCAAAGAAAUUAGGAUUUCCAUUUGUAGUCGUUAUGGGAAAGAAAUUAAACGAGACCCCCUCUUUGUACGAACUAUAUGAAGCUGUUACAAAUAAAUCAGAACAUUAUGAACUAAGUAAUUUAAUUAAUUAUUUAAAGCAACAAUGCUUAGACAAAAUAUGA